CACAUCAGUGAUUUUUCUCACUAAGCAAUCUAUCCUGGAGAAAACCAUUUAGUAACAUCUAGAAUAUUUCUUUUUCCUUUUUACAAUCUCCUGGUGCCCCGCAGUGUAAACAGCAAGCACUUCAUGCAUGCAGGGCCCUUUGACGUCAGGCUGUGCUACCCUACCGCACGGCAAGAAAUAGCCUCUCCAGUCUCCUCUUCCUCACUGGGCUGGUCUGUGAGUGGGACAGAUUCCUGGAACCACGAUGAUUGGGUCAACAGGCAAGGCAUCUCUAAGUUUGUGCGAUUUCUAGGUUCCCUUCGAUGGGGUUCAUAUCACGUUAAAUCCCAACAGAUAACAUCCAAGGCUAUCUCCCCCAGAGAUGGCUGUCAGAUGCCAGGAUAUAGCCUCAUCUGACAGGGACAAAUUGUGCUGCAAGACACUUUUAAUUUCUAUUUCUCAUUUCAUGAAUAUGCUGAGCAUUGUUUCAGAUCUCCAAUGAACCCUCUCUAGCUCAUGGUUCCUCUUCUGUGAAUCUGUUCCUCUCUGCUCUCCAUUGGUGUCCUGCCCAACUUCCAGAGGAAGUGGUCCUUCGGAGCGGUAGGGGGAAUGACAUGGACGAGCAGGAAGUGCUCAGCAGUGUUGGUCUGGGGAAGCUGAGGACCCCUGUCUGGGCAUCUCUGCGGGUGCUGGAAAAUUAAGCCUCUCCUUGGACCCCACACCCACAGACUGGCUCAGAGAAGUCCAGGCAGGAGGCCGGCUGCCCUGGGAGGUGGGCAGUGGGACCCCUCCUGAAGACACAUGCCCUUUCCGGGGAGAUUGCCCUUCUCAGGCUCCCUCCAUGUCAGCUGUAGACAUUCACGGUGAUUUCCAGGUGGAGUGAGCUCGUGCUCUCCACCCGUCACACUCUCAGCCUGGGCCCAGCCCUGCAAGUCUUGGCAGGCAGGUGCUUGAGCUGGGAGGACCACCUGGAAGAGGAGGCUUCCUGGGGAGGGUGGGCGCAGUGAGUGGGGACAGCUCCCGGCCGGGCUCUGGGCUCCAGGACCACCAUGUCUGCCUCCCCGGCUACGGAGGUAGGGUGGUGCUGGAAGGCAGCAUCCCCAGGCGUGAGAGCAGGCGGAGGACCUGGCAUGGGGCCAGCGGCCAGCCUCACAGCCACAGAGCGCCUUGGGCAGAAAAAGGGGAAGGAGGUCUGUGAGAGUAAGGGAGCGAGUUCAGGGGGUCAGCAACAGUGUGAAAAGCAGCUGGAGCAGCACCACCCCACCCCACCACCCCUAUCUGGCAGGGUCCCAUGGGGCUCCGAGCAGCAGCAGAGACCAGAGGACAGCCCCUUGAGGAGCCAGCCCCGAGGAGGGCAGCAGCAGCUUUGUAGGGCCACCCCUGUGAUGUGACAAAGGAUGCCUGCAGUGGGAGCAGGAGCAACUCAGCCAAAGUUGCAAGAGCUCAGGACCUCAGGCUGCCUCAGGACCUGGGAACCCCUCAGGAUCUCAGGACCCUUCAGGACUCCAGGACCUCUUCAGGACCUGGGGACCCCUCAGGACCUCCUCAUGACCUCCUCAAGACCCCCUCAGGACCCCAGGACCACCUCAGGGCCCCUCAGUACCCCUCAGGAACCCUUAGGACCUCAGAACCCUUUCAGGACUGCUCAGGAUGCCCUCAUAUCCCAGUUGCCCAGUGUCCCUUGUCCUAUGGUGGCUUCUCCCUUCUGGCAAAGCCCCCGCUCCCACCUUGCUUGGGCCAAUCUCCAUCCGGAAAGGACUGUGGAUGGGCUGUCUGGGUGCCUGGCUUGACCAGAACUUCUGACUGGCACUGUGGGGUCCCAGGCGGCCCAGCAGUGCCCUCCUGGAUACAGGGUGAAGAGGGAACAAGGGGCUCCAGGGGGAAGAUUUCCGAGGGGGUGCUGAGGGGAAGUGCAGAGAGCAGGAUCAGGAGCACUGGAUGACCAGAGCCAGGGCUGCCCACCCCAGGACUCCAGGGCUCCAGAGUGCUGUUCUAGACCCGUGGCCUCUGUGUCGAGCCCUGGCGUGUGCAACUCUCAGGUCACAGAUAGCAUGAGAGGUCUAGAGGCCAAGGAGUGUCAGAGCUGAGUGUCAGACCGCAAGGCUCUUCCUGCCACCACAGAUGUGCGUGCCGGCUUCUGGAAACAGGGCAGCCAUCCUCCAGUAGCCCCCUCAGAAGCUGUUCCCCACAGGACUGGGCCUGGGGCUUUGGCUGGAGGCUGGGGGCAACUUAUCCCUGGCCUUCCAUGCACCCCAGCCAUUUCCUGGGGUACAGGGUAGAUGCCAGAAGGGAGAGGCCUGGGGGGCAAUGUAGCCAGGAAGUUGUGACUGUCCUCUCCCUCUGGGGAGUUGAGCUGGGUCUGAAUGCUAAGGGAAGACCACAGGGCCAGGGGACACUGGAGAGAAGAAGCCCUCCUAAUGGGGGACAGUGCAGGGGGGGGUGACUUAGGGACAGGCCAACAGCAGUUCCAUUCUGGGGAGGAGUUCCGGAGUGUUUCCUGUGUGUGAGAAGGACACUAGUCUGCCAAGAGUGAGGAGGAGCUCUCGUGGCAAGAGGAUGUUGGAUGGGGGUGGAGGGUCUGUGAGGAAGAGCAGGAGGGGGUGGCCAGGGCCCCCCUGCUGAGGAGGGGAGGGGCACUCGGGAGAUGGAUGGCAGGUGGGACUGACCCGACCCCAUGGUGUCCCCAGCACCCCUCCCCCACAGGUUUCCCCAUCCCCUGUUUCCCCCUGUGGCACCCUCAUCUGGCCAGUCUGGUGGGAGGGGAAGAGGUUUCCCAGACCAGGUUUCUGGGAAGAGAAGAACAGAAAGUGUCCAUGGUGGGGAGAUGACAGAAGCUUGGGUCCUCUCUCGCUCAGCUCCGCAGAUAGUCUAGACUUGUGGCUGAGUCAAGGUUCCAGAGGCCUCAGUUUCCAGACACCAGGUGCCUGGGCCAGGGCUGGGGCCAGGGUGCGGCAAGGGUGGCCCUGGCCUCAGGCCGAACAUCUCAGAGGCUGCCAGCACCCAGUCAUGGGGACUAACUGGGCUUUGAUGCUAUGUUUGACUACACGGAAUCAAGAGCACCAACCCUCCAUGAACGUGAACAUGAAUUGGCCCUGUGCUAAGGGCGGGCGGUGGGACUGGCAUUCUUUUGCUUCAGGCUCCAAUGUGGCAGGGAGGGGAGGUCGUGAAAGACCAGCCUCUACCCAGCCACCAGUCCGGCUCUGAAGGUGGCCUGUCCAGCACUGGGGAGCACCUCUCAUGCUUCCCGUCCACCCGCAGAAAGGGUCAUGUCUCAGAGCAGGCGGCCGGCUACCUCCCCUGCCUGCUGUGGGCUUCAGGCUGUGGGAGAGAAGCUGCCUCCCUUCCUCCUCCUCCUCCAGGCUAGCGUGCUCCUUCCCUGCCCCAUGGGCACCCUUCCACCUUUCAGAAAGCCCUUCCAUCUCCACCUCCUCCACCAUUCACGCCCAGCUCAAGUGCCGCCUCCUCCAAGAAGCCUCCUGUCCUAGUCUGCCUUCUGUGAACCCCCAGAAAUAGUGAGCCGAUGGGAGUGCAUGCCCCACUCUGCAUGAGGGCACACCUACAUGGAUGGCCUGCGUCCCCCUGCCACGUCCCCUGUGGCGCCCAGGCGGGGGCCCCAAGGGUGGGCACAAAGGGGGAGCAGUGAUGUCAGAGCAGAUGCACCUUUUAGCUUGGGGAGUUGACCCUCGGUGGGUCAAGGCUGCACUGCCCGGUGUCCUUAGGGCCCUUUGCCCUCUUCCUUGGCACUUUGAUUCCUCAUUUGACCCAGUCGGGGGCAUCAUUCUCAGCAGGCGAGGGGAGUGAGGGGAGCUUGGGGAGGGCGGGAGUGCCCAGAGGCUGCAGCGUUUCCUGGGCCCGCCCCUGGGCCGCAGCCCAGAGCUCUGUGCAGUGACUCAGCGGCCACGUUCACUUCCCUAGAAGGCCCAGCUGCACAUGGCAAGGAUGCGCAUUUUGUCAUCAGCGGAGUAGCCCCAAGUGUCCAGAGGGGUGGAGAACCAGGAGGAAGGGGGAGCACAUGGGCUCUGCAGCAGCGGGACCAUGAGCAACAGCACCUGUGUCCCCGAAGAUCUCCCCUGGCCCCCCUUGGUCAAGACUGUCCUCUCCACCUACACGGGGCUGCUGCUGGGUCUGGGGCUGCUGCUCAACGGCCUGGCGCUCUGGGUGUUCUGCAGCCGUAUGCAGCGAUGGACUGAAACCCGAGUCUACAUGGUCAACCUGGCAGUGGCCGACUUCUGCCUGCUCUGCACCAUACCCUUCUUCCUACACUCCCUGAAGGAGAGGACCACAGACACGCCCUUCUGCCAGCUCUCCCAGGGCGUCUACCUGGCCAACAGGUACAUGAGCAUCAGCCUGGUCACGGCCAUCGCCGUGGACCGCUAUGUGGCCGUACGGCACCCACUGCGUGCGCGGACACUCCGCUCCCCUCGCCAGGCUGCGGCCGUGUGUGCGGCGCUCUGGGCACUGGUGGCCGGCUUGCUGGGGCUGCGCUGGGCCCUUGGCGUGCAGGAGGGUGGCUUCUGCUUCUCGAAUGCAUCCCGGCAAAGCUCCAACACUACGUUCUUCUCCCUCCUGGGCUUCUUCCUGCCGCUGGCUGUGCUGGUCUUCUGCUCCCUGCGCGUAGUCACCGCCCUGGGCCAGAGGCCGACAGCCAUCCCGGACCAGGCAGAGGCGACCCGAAGGGCCACCCGCAUGGUCUGGGCGAACCUGGCUGUGUUCGUGGUCUGCUUCCUACCCAUUCACGUGGUGCUGAUGGUGGUCGUGGCCACGAGCUUGAACACCUCUGCCAUCUGCUAUGCACUCAUCAUCACAGGCAAGCUCUCGGAUGCCAACUGUUGUCUGGACGCCAUCUGCUACUACUUCAUGGCCAAGGAGUUCCAGGAGGCAUCUUCGCUGGCCUCGAUGCCCAUUGCCAAGGCCCACAAGAAUGAGAACUCCCUCUCUGUAACCCUUGCUUAGAACAAGUUGUGGACACAUGGGCCAGGUCCCAGGCUCUCUGGGAGGUCCUGCCUGCUGGGGCAUCCCUGAACUCGCUGUGGCUGUUGGGCAUGCUCCAGGAGCCUGGCAGGGUGGAAGGGGUGCGGGCACGGACCCUGAGGCAGAGUUGUCCCAACCCCUGGGACGGAAGAGGGUUGGGACCAGAGCAGGAGGCCUGAAGGCUAAGUGAGGCCAAUCUUGGACAGGGCCAACACUGGAGCACCCAGAGUCUGGUACCCCUGGGGUACUGGAGUGUAUGCUUGCUCUGUGCUGUGACGCCUCAGUGGGCAGCCUUCUGCUGUCCCCCAGGGCUGGGCCUGGACUGUCAAGGGUCCCCCACACUCUCAUGGUGGGAGGCUGGGGUGUCUUUCCAGGUGGCUUUCAAGGACUCUCCAUCCAGGGGCUCUCCUUGGGUCACUCCAUCUGCUUCCCACCCCCUGGCCCACUCCCAGCCAUCUGCAGGUCUCCUGGGGGCUAUGGGCAGCUCUCGGAAGGGCCAUACUAAAGGCCCACAGCCUGCUUUCCUCCUGCCAAGGAAGAAUCAGGACCGCUCGACACCCUGUAGGGGCUGCACAGAUGCAAUGGGCUGGCAGUGGGCUGGGGGACAGAGGGGAAGGGGCCAAGGUCUGUCGAGGGGGCACGCUCCCUUCAUGAUUUCUUAAGGGAAGCUGGAGGACCCUGCCUGGGGGCUGCAGGACCUGGAGGUCCCUAGGCGGGGGGAGGGGGGGGUGCCCAGGCCUGUGUGAGCUGUACCUUAACCCCUCCUUGGCCUCCCUGCUUGGGCCUGGGCACCCCCACUCAGGCUGGAACUACCAGGGCCUUCUAGGGGCCCCCUGUGGUGCUGGCCUGAGGGGCUUGGCUUCGAAACCCCAGCCCACCUGCCUCCCUAGGCACCAAAGAGCCUCCCUUUCCUAUUCUUCUGUCUGUGUGCUUGGAGCCCAAAUGUCCCGGCUUUGGGCCCCUGCAGCUGAGGCAGUUCCUCAGGGGCCCCGCGGGGAGUAGUCCCUGCUCAGGGAGGUCCACGCUUAGGGGACCUCUGCUCGGGGAUGGGGCUGUCAGGGGGCCCAUGCAACUCAAUCCACGGCUGUCCUAUGCUGGGGCUCAGAUGUCCCCUCCACCGUUGGGGACCCCUGCCCUUUGUCACCUUGGGUAGGGAGUGCCAACCCUGCCCCCCCCCCCCCCCGACGUGCACCAGGGCUGGGCCAGGCAGCACUCUGUGCUGAGAAGGCGUACAGAUGGCCAGGCUUGUCGGGUGGAGCAGGGCUGGGGGGAACGCAGCCAUGUGGACUGGCCCAGCUCCCCGGUGUUCUCCCGUGCUGUAGGCUCGCCAGGGAUGUCCUUGGGAGGGCAGGGACGCUGGGAGGAGACCUCUUCGGGGUCUUCUGGUGGUGGGGCUGGAGCUGCUGGGUGGCGGAGGCAGCUGGCUAUGCUCCUAGGACACCAGCCUCCUGAGAGGGGCCCCCCACGGCUCCCCCUUGCUGGCCCCCGUCUGUGGCUGGGGAAGGGGAUGGGUGUGCCCUCUGUCCCUCAUGCCGCUCCUGACUCCCAGCAAGUGCAGGCAGCUGGACUUUCACAAAAUUCCCAAAGGAGCAAGAAAAGGAGCCAAGGUAAAAAUCACAGAUGUUAAACAUCCAAAGAACUGACUUCUGGACACUAAUCAUGGCCCACACACUCUGAGAGGCUUCUGGGCCGGGCCAGACCACAUGGAAUACCUUUGCCCUAACACCCCCCACUCUGGCUCAGAUGGCUUACGGGGCAGUUGGGCACACUGGUCAGGACUGGGCUCACCAUUAAUUAGCAAGCAACAGGCAUCUGAAAGCAGGCUCACUUUGAGGUUGCAUCAACAGGAGUAUAGGGCCCAGAAUGCGGGAGGACACCAGUUCAUUCUCCUUCUGCUAGGCUUACAUCUAGGGUAUUUUAUCUGGCUAGGGACACUGUUCUGUCCCAUGCCAUAGUCAUCUGGAGGGGGUCUGGAGUGUACAGGCUGGUGAGGGCCAGGCAGUAACCAGAGGAAGUGUGAGCAGCAAGUGACGGGAGGUGACUUCACCUCCAGCAGAUGAAGCAGGAGGUGGUGGCAUCUGUGGUCUCCAAGCAGCAGACAGAUCAGGAUGGCUGUGGAAAGCAGAGCCAUGAUGGGGAGGGACCCAGAAAAGGGCCCAGGACCGGGGUGUGUCCAACCAGAGAGCUGCACGAGACACAGCUGUACAUAUCCAGGAAUUUGCACACAGAAGGAAGGUGCUCCUGGGGGGACCAUGUCACCUGAUUCCUAAUCGUCUGUGUGUCAUCCGGCCAAUGUCCCUUGUCUGUGGCUGUUUCCUCUGGGACAGCUUGCUUCUCUGUGAAGGCUCUCUGUCUCUGCUGGGGGUUGGAGCCUGGCUGCAGCUGGCCUCAGGAGAAAGUAUUCUGAGGGAGGAGGCUGGCAACCCAUGGGCAGAGCUGAGCUUGGCCUCCUGUUAUCGGGGACCCACCCGCUGCUGUGCACCAGAGAAACCUUCCCUGAGAACACAUGUCUAUCUUCUACAAGGCCAGGGUAUAUCAACCAGAGGCAGUACCACAGCAAGGGCUCUGCAGGGUCUUGGGGAACGGGUGCAGGUGUGGGGCUGCUGCCCAGCCCCCUGUGCAGGGGCAUGGCAGGGUUUGGGCACCCCAGGGGCCCUAGGGAGGGAGGCAGCAGAACACAGUGUCCAUCCGACCAGAAGGUCAGUGCUUCAGGAAACUACUGCCCACAUUCCCCAAGUGACCAUCCAGAUAGUGGCCCCCCAAGUCUGACCACGUGAAACCCGCUGGGGGAAGCAGCCUGUCCAUCUCAUGAGCUGGCAGUGAAAGGGUCUUCCAGCUCCUGCCUCCCCGGAAGGGUACAUAGGAGGGCAGAAAUGACACUGACGACCAAGAGACCCCUCCCCCCACAGGAUCGGGACCACACACCUCUCAGAGCAGGGGUGUCCUCGCCACCCUUUCAGAGCCCCUGCCGCACACAAGAUGGCUGAUGAGCUGGCGCCCAUCGCUGCAUCUGUGUGGCGGGCCGUCCCUCCCAGUGUCCUCCUAGCACCGCCCUCAGCUUACCCCCAUCAUGGCUUCACAGGCCAUGUUGUUCCACUGUGAGGUGUCCCCGAUUCAUGGGAAGAUGGGCUCCCCCACAUGCCUCUGCUUCUUUCCAGGCUCUCCCGAGCCGGGGCCAGUUCUCAAUUUCCUCUGAUGCCCUUCCUCCUGCAGGUGGUCGGCAGACCCUCUGUAGCCCCAGGCCUGGACCCUCUCCCUGGGGCUGCCGGCACGGCCAAGGGCAGGGCCGCCCUGGUGCUGGGGCAAGCUCACACUCCUGCAUCGGGGUGGCUUCCAGAAGUCUCUGAGAGGGAGGUUUGCAUGCAGGGGUUUCCCGAGGAGUGUGCUUGGGAAUCCUACCCUCAAUGGUGCUAGCAGAGCGGGGAGGGCCAAGGGACAGGCUUCCGUACCCGUGGGGGCCCUGCGCUGAGAUGAUGCAGCCAAGAACACAGGUUGCCAUGGACACACGGUCCCCGAGGCCCUGUGUUACUUGCUGAGGGCAAGUCCAGAGGGGAUGUGGGCUGGGCUGUCAACUCUGGCAGGAAGGGCAGGCAGCAUGUGCCUUGGUCAUUAUGGGGGCCCCCGGCAGCACCCCACAGCGUCCACUACAGCCUGCCACCCUGUCGGGCUGGGUGCUUGGAACCCUGAGCGGCAGCUCUCCUUGGCUGUGGGGGAGGGGGAUGCGGCUGAGGGUCUCUGGGUUCUCCAGUCCUGAAGGAGGCAGGUAUCCUGUCCAAGGUCUCCCCAGCCAGUGCCAACCAU